ACUACAUUUUCAAUAUCCAUUCAUCCAUUGAUGGCUGUUUUGGUUGUUUCUGUCUUUAGGCUACAGUGAAUAGUGCUGUAGUGAACAUUGGUGUACAGGUGUCUGUUUGUGGUCCUGCCCUCACUUCUUUGAACUGUAUAUUGGGGAUUGGGAUUGCUGGGUCAUGUGGUAGUUCUGUGUUUAACUUUUUGAGGAACUGCCAAACUGUUCUUUGAUGAUUGAUUUUUGAUGGUUGAGACAGAACUCCAAGAGGCUUCUUUGAUUGGGUUGUUUGUCUUUUUGUUGUUAAGUUGUAGAAGUUUUAUAAUGUUGUUUGCUUUUUAAGACAGGUCUCCAGAUACCACGGUGCUAAGAGGCAUCAAGACCCAGGGGCCAUGGGAGAAUGGAAUGAAGAGGAAUGUGCUGGCAUUGCUGCCGCUCAGCCCAGCAAGCAGAUUCUGCUGAGAGUCUCAUAUGAUGGCAGCCACUGAUGGGGACUCUACAUGGGUGCCUGCUCAGGACCUUGGCCGUCCCCAUGAGGGGAAUGUGGAGGAAAAAGGGAUGGUUGCUGGGUUUCUGACAACUUGGUCGCAGGAAUCAGUGGCCUUCGAGGAUGUGGCUGUGGAUUUUACCCCAGAGGAGUGGGUGUUGCUGGACCGUUCUCAAAGGACUCUCUACCGAGAAGUGAUGCUGGAGACCUACAGGAACCUGGCGUCGCUUGACUGGAGGACUCAACUUAAAACCAAAGAGUCGACUUCUAAACAGGAUAUUUUCGGAGAAAGUAUGUUCAAAGGCAUGAAAAUGCAGGCGCCAACUCACCCAGGGAAGAGGCCCUGCCAGUACAGUCAGUUCGGAAAGGCCGUUAGAAGGAGCCUGGGCCUCACGUGGCCCCCGGGAAGCCCACCCGGCGAGAAGCCCUACAGGUGUGAGGAGUGUGGGAAAGGCUUCCGUCACCUCUCCUCCCUGAGGAGACACGCGCGCACCCACACUGGCGAGAGCCCCUUUGCGUGCCGCCACUGCGGAAGCGCCUUCUGUCACCAGUCGUCCCUCAAGACCCACGUGCGGACUCACACGGGGGAGAAACCUUACACAUGCAGCCAGUGUGGGCAGCGCUUCAGCACGCGCUCCUACCUCACGGUGCACACGCGGAUCCACACCGGGGAGAAGCGCUACGCAUGCGCGGACUGCGAGAAGGCCUUCAGCAGGAGCUCCUACCUGCGCGUGCACCAGCGGACCCACACGGGCGAGAAGCGCUACACGUGCGGGGACUGCGGCAGAGUCUUCGGCCACCCGUCCAACCUGCGGAGGCACGUGCGCACCCACACGGGCGAGAAGCGGUACAGGUGUGGCCGCUGCGGCAAAGCCUUCGUCCAGAGCUCCUCCCUGGUGGUGCAUAGCCGGACGCACACAGGUGAGAAGCCCUACCCGUGUGUGAAGUGCGGGAAGGCCUUCAUCGACACCUCAUCCUUCCGGAAGCACGUGCGGACGCACUCCAGGGAGAAGCCCCACAAGUGCAUGCAGUGUGGCGAGGCCUUCAGCCACAACGCGCCACUCGUGGUGCACAAGCGGGCCCACGCGGAGGGAGCCCUCAGGAGCGUGGUGGACGUGAAGCUGCCUUUAUCCUCGUCCCUUUCUUAGCUCCCUGCGUGGUGCAAUCCUAUGCGCUGCACUAUUAACCUAAAGGUUGGCGAUUCAAACCCACCCAGCAGCACCAUGGAAGAAAGGCCUGGCGAUCUGCUUCUAGAAAGAAAACCCUGUGGAGCAGUUCCACCAUAUGAGUUCACCAUGAGUCGGAAUUGAUUCGAGGGAUAUGGGUUUUCCUUAGAGUGGGCCACGAGCCUGUUAAUUUUCAGGCUUUGAUUCAGAACACAAGCCUUUAAGGACUACUGAGCAGUUGUUAAUGGAGUCCCAGGGUGAUGCAGACAGUUCAGUGCUCGGCUGCAUAAUGAAAGGUGGGUGGUUCAAACCCACCCAGAGGUGCCUCGAAGAAAGGCCUGGCGAUCUACUUCUGAAACAUCAGCUCUGGAAAACCCUAUGGAGCACAGUUCUAUCCUGACACACAAGGGAUUGCCAUGAGUCAGAAUCAACUUGAUGGUAACUGGUGUUUGGAUUUUAAGUGGUCCUUAUCACACAAGAGCUGAUGUGUAGUAGGAAGUUUUGAUACUUAGCAUUUUUAUUACAAUCUCAUUUUAAACAUUGCCAACUAUCGUGAUUUUUCGACUCAUAGAUUCUUUGGGAAAAAAAAAUUCUAAAUGGGAAAUUGAUUUCUCAGUUGACUGUUAUGGUCAGAGUCCGUGUUUAUAAUGUGAAUUCUGUGGUGUUUGUUGAGACAGUACGUGGCUCAGUUGUAGGGGCCGCCUGUGGUCAAUCUAGUGAUGUCUCCCUCCUUGCUUACUAAUUGUUGUUUGGUGUUGCUGAGGCAGUUCUGACUCACAGCUACCCCACGUGACAGUGUAGAACUGCCCCAUAGGGUCUUCUAGGCUGUGAUCUUUAUGGAAGGAUCCCUGGU